AUGUCUCGCGGGGACUCCACGGAUGAGGCGGAGCCGUUCCUGGCACCGUCACCUUCAUCAGAGUCUAUCGAGACUCCAAUACGUGCGUCAAAACCAGUACUCGUCAGACUAUACAUCUCGCACAGCCUGUCGACAUGGAACUCGCGCAUGUUUGAGUUCGGAGCGGUCCUGUUCCUGGCCUCGAUCUUCCCAGGCACUUUGUUGUACGCUUCCAUCUAUGCACUGGUGCGCUCUUUGUCUGCAGUACUAUUAUCGUCCUGGUUGGGCUCGAUAGUAGAUCGGUCGAACCGCUUGAAGGUGAUCCGACAAUCUAUUAGGUCGCCCUAUAUCUCUCCGCUCUUGUUCGCCGUGGUCACUCUGCUUGCGUGCUUUGAAAAACUGGCCUAUACAGCCAACACCGUGGCGGUAGAAAGAGACUGGGCAAUCGUUGUAUCAGAUGCAUUACAAAUCCCAAGGCAAGACUUGAAUGCCUCCAUGAGACGGAUAGAUCUCGUCUGCAAGCUUCUCGCUCCUGUAGUUAUCUCUUUAAUAGAUAGCUUUUCUACCCGGGCUGCGAUAUGGACAACCUUGGGCGUGAAUGCUUCAUGCGUCUUGGUGGAAUAUUUUGCAAUAGCGCAGGUAUAUCAAUCAGUGCCAGAACUGGAGCGAACUCAAGAAACCGAUGUAAAUCAAAAUGGAGAAGAAGCAACGUCCGAAGAUCAGAUUCCUCAACGCCGCAUAGCUCACAGCAUGGUCCAGUACACUAGAGGUGUCGUUGCACCAUGGCGGGAAUAUGUCUCCAGUCCUCUCUUUCUGGCGUCAUUCGCCCUGAGCUUACUUUAUCUCACUGUCCUUUCGUUUGGAACGACGAUGGUGACCUAUUUACUUCAUACCGGCUUCAAUUCUCUACAAGUCAGUGGAAUGAGGAUUGGUGCUGUGAUCGCAGAACUGUCGGGGACAUGGGCCGCCCCGUUCAUCAUGAAUAAAAUCGGGCCCAUUCGGUCCGGGCUGUGGUUCCUGAACUGGCAAUUUGGCUGCUUAGCCGCUGCAGUUGCUGCUUUUGCCUUCCUCAACAACAGCUCUCAGCUUGUUGCGGUGAGCCUCAUUGUGGGCGUUGCCCUAAGUCGCAUUGGACUAUGGGGGUUCGACUUGUCGGUACAGUUUCUCGUGCAGGAGGGUGUCGAUGAACAUGCACGAGCCCGAUUCUCAUCCACAGAAAUGGCACUGCAGAAUAUCUUCGAACUGUUCUCGUUUGCAACAACCAUUGUCUUCCCGCUUCCGGAGCAGUUCAAGUAUCCAGUGUAUAUCAGCUACGGGGCAAUUGCAAUGGCGGCAGUAUGCUUCGCAGCGUACGUCCGGAAGGAACGAGGGCAUUUGCUGCAUACAUCCAAGUGCUUUGGAGGUGAUAAAUUGCGGUUGUUUGGUGGGGAGGUGCCCACCAGGGACAUACGAUCUAAGGAAGUUCAGGUUCCGAAAGCACGGGGAACAGGCCGAUCAGGGCCCCGCCGCCGCACCGGCUGCUUGACAUGUCGUGCACGUAAAGUCCGCUGCGACGAGGUCAAGCCAACCUGUGCCAAUUGUACUCGACUACGACUGCAAUGCAUCUACAAGACUAUUGUUCCAGGGAUCGCAUCCCGACGGAGCACCCAGAGGGUACCUCAAGUUCCUCAACAGGCUUUCACUAUCGACCCGGCCCCCGCCCAUGUUCCAGAUCGUCUGGAUGUAAACUACUUCGACACAGUUCUGCAGCCUCGUGAGCUGCGUCCUCGCCGGGCAUCGCAUAUGUUGCCUCACCAGAUGACAGACCAUACGCUACCAUCGACAUCGGUUGCAGUUCCUGAUUUUCCAAAUUUUGAUAUGCUCAGCUUUAUUGGCGAGAUUACGUCGGAUUUCGAACAAAAACAUCUCGACCUGACGAACGGGGUGUCGGCGUUUACUCUUACCAGUGACGCACUAUCGCCAACGACAUUGGGGAAUGUUGGAGGUAGUAACUAUAUACUGCAACAGCCGACUUGGACUGUUGAUACAUCCGUCGGGACACUCCCCAGCCCGAGUGACAGUCAAUCAGAUGGGGUACAGAAUAUACCCUCAGGUGAUACAACUAUAUGGCCCGAGACGAGGGAAACUUACGAAGAACAGCUACUGUCUCAUUUUGUGGAGAUAGAUCCGCCGCCUACGCCAUUUGGGUCUAUUUCCCUAGAAUGGAAUUAUGUACGCAGCGUCAUUGUCUCUCUUUCAGCAGAUGCUAGUUACUUGUUAAAUGCGUUGUAUUGUUACUCUGAUAUACGUAAGUCGAUGGAAGAAGGCAAACGGUGGAGAGCGGCCCCGGUGUAUCAUCGCCAGGCGAGCUCGGAGAUCCAGUCUUGUAUCACUGAGAGUAUGGAUGAUUCGCUACUGAAGAGGGCAUUGACGGCGGUUUUCCUGCUUAUGUUGUCGGAGGUAGUGUCAUUUCCAGAGCUAGGGGACUCUAAUACGUCCUUUCUUCAUUCGGCGUAUUUUUUGCUACAGCGUUUCCACCACCGAACCAAGUCAUGGACCGGGUUUGGCCAUUUGAUAGUUUCCUGGAUCUCUUUGUUGGAUGUCAGAGCGCUAAUUGCUGGCCGUGAUGGGGAUCCUCUUGUUGAGCUAGGGAUGCUAGAUCAAGUGGAUACGGCUGAGACAGGCCAAAGAUCGGAGGACGAGCUCCUCUCGAAACCGGGCUAUCUCAUCCACAAUGCCAUUGUUGGCCCCGCAUAUUCCUUCCUAUUCAAGGCUCAACAAGUAAUCCGCCGUAUUGUCUGCCUCGAUAUGCACCACCGCAGACGCGGGACAGUCAGCGAUGAGUUCGAAGUCCUCCAGAUUGCGCACCAGAUCGGUGCCGACCUAGAAGCCCUCUGGAACAAACGCCCACGGGUGCUAGAUAUUUAUGACAAGCCAGAAGAACUAUAUGAUACCCUUCAACCAGCUGUGGCAGACGAAGUCUGCCGCACGUUUCGCCAGUACAUGGCCAAUUUCUUGGCCAUCUUCAUCUAUCUCCACCGAGUGGCUUUCGUGAUCUAUCCGCGGACAGACCGGGUGCAUCGCGCAGUGGACCAAAUCAUCCAGCUGGCCACGGUGGAGUCCGGCAGUGUGAACCAUCGCCUGCCGAUCAGCUUUACCUGGCCGCUAUUUGUGGCCGGGUUGGAAGGCUCACUGGAGCAGCGAGGAUGGAUUAUCCAGGAAAUGCAGCGCAUGGCCGACUUGCCUAGUGACCAUAGGCCCGUGGCACAGCGACAUCCCAACGCGAAAAAGAUACUGUUGUUACUUGAGGAGAUGACCAAGCGCCAGGAUGCGUCUCGAACGUGGGCAGACUCGCGCCUUGUGCGGCGAGAACUCUUCGUAGACCCCUUCGUACUAAUCUAA